AUGUUUCGACUUUUUAAUUUCAGAAAUGUCAGGGAAUCCUACUCUGACGACGAUGGUGCUAUUGGUCAUGAGGAUAAGGACUCCGAACAUCAGCACGACUCACCUUCCCCGUUAACCAAUUUAAACCGCGAGAGCUCUUAUGCUACCAUGCAUGGAAAGAGAAUACUUAAACCUUCUUUCCCCCCUGAUUAUAAACGAAUAACUAAACACAAUGACUACAAGAGAAUGAAGGCUAUGGCUUAUAGAGAGAGGCUCGAAGAACUUAAUGAGUACAAUACGAACGAUAGACUGCCAGGGAAAGAAAGUAAAUCCAGAAUUGAUGAACUUGGGCUCAAUAUAUCGCCUAACUCACUUGCAACUGCUAACAAUGAAUUAGGAGCAAGAAAAUCCCGUUCAUGCCUUUCUAGUCCAAUAGGCGGUAGGUUACGGCCAAUGGCUAGAAAUAUUGCAGUAUCGAGAUCAGUUGAUAGCUCACCAAAUAAGAAUACUCGUAAAAAUAUGCAUUUAUACCAUAGACGGACUUCAGAUAGUCAUAGGAAGGAUACGAAUAUCGCACAGCAUCACAGUGAAAUAUCACCUCGAUUUCUUAAGGCUCUGGGGUUAAACUUGAGAAAAGAAAAACCUAAAGCAGCAACGUUAACUGGCAACUCGGUAAAUACUAUGGCUGGUGAAACCGAUAUACCUGAUUCUGCACGGUAUUAUGCUAAAGAUGAGGUAAGCAAUAUAAGUACGGCAGAUUGUCCGCGCCCUUUUCUGAGGGAAGAAAUUGUUAAUCCCAAAACGGCAAUUACAAAGGUCCAUCAUCCAUCACAAUUUGGUGGCCGGAAGAUAAGAUUCCCCAUUUAUAAGUCUUGCAAUUCUCCUGGGAAAAGAUCCAAAAUCAAAGACCAUAAGUCUCCAGCACAAAAACAAAAUGUCUCAUGUCAAUUGGCUACUUCUGGUCUCUUAAAACUGCCUCUGUCGUUGAAAAGGCCUGAACCUGAAAACCAUAUAACUGAGAAUCCGACAGGUUCUUUUGAAGGACGUCAGGACCAUAGAAAUAGAGCUCCUUCUUUUGGAGUUCCUCUUCUGCCGAUUGAGGAAUCUGCUACAUCCACCCUUGCUGACAACUCAUCUUGUGCUGCUGUUGGUGAUCUACAUGAAGUUUCUAACUUAUCCAUAAGUAAUGUUACAACUCCAACAAGACUGAAACAACUAUAUGCAAACAGACUAAUUGAUUCAGUCAAUAUUAGUGGCCAACUUCAUGUACAGGGUAUUGAUGGUGCUCCAUUAGAGGACGAUUCAUCAAUUCUCACUGAUACCGACCUGUCACCUUUAGUUAAAAGGUCUCAGCAAAAAGAUGCUGAGGUAAAGGAUAUAAAACAAGUUACCUCAACCAAAAGUAACUCAUCAACUAGAGGCUCUCAAUUACGGGGGAUAGAAAUUCUACAAACUCCAAAACGUAACUUGCGUACUCGAUUACUAGAUACCAGGCUAACGAGAUCAGCGUCUACUUACUCACCUAGAAAACCUUAUGAAUUAAACUUCCAUCAAUUACCUCGUCCUAACUCGCAAUUGAUUGAUUUAGGCUCAACUGAAAGGUUACCUCUAGCAUCUAAUAGGCCUAAUGAUACGUCACUGCCUUCUUCACCAUUCGGACGUCACAAAGAUCACAUGACAGAAAACGUUGUGAGGAUGUUCAAUAGUCAGCCUUUGAUGGGAACAGCAGGAGCAAUUGGUUCUGAAGACUCUAUUAAUGAAGCGAAAUUGUCAGAGACGACUCUUGGUUACCUUCACUUCGAUUAUUCGGAUCGAUUACAUCAGAUUGCAACUCUACACACACAACCCUCUUUACCAGUGAAGCAACUGUCCAAUACUAAAGAAGGUAACAGCUCAUCUAUCUAUAAAGAAACUAACCAGAGCGUCGAAGGAAUACCCUCGUCUAUGCCGCUUUGUCAACUCCAGAAUUCCAAUAUAGUCGCCACCUCAACACAAAAUCAGGUUCCACAGUUAUCUACUGCAGGCGUCGCUGACUUCCGGGCGAGUGAAGAUGCAGAGUUAACUUCAAGCUCAGAUUUUGAUUAUUUAUUAGAGGGCACAUCUAGAAAUAUAUCUUCCCGCCACGAAACUGUUCUGAUCAGGAGCCCCACUUCGGGAUUCGAUUCUAAUAGCGGGCAUUCGAUAACAAAAGUGGAUUACAAUGCAAUGGCUGAAACUCCCAAGAAACUCACUCAUCCGUUAUCCACACAUAAGUUAAAUGAUUCUCAUGGAAAAUAUGACCAACCAACUGAUGUGGAAGAGCCAAACAUAAUCGAAGAAGUUCAGAAGAUAGAGUCUCCCACAGAUGGUUGUAUUCAGCUUCAAAAGGAAGAUAGAUUUGAGCGAGUUGACGCUGAUUCAUCCUAUAUACCAACCGACACUGAUGAUCCAACAGUGGUGCGGUAUGAUUCCUCACAGCAAAUGAUUGACGAUUCUAGUAAAUCACCUAAUUUUAGACGGUUUCAAGAUAAAAAGCUUGAGAUAAAUCAAUUCCCAAGUAGCCCUAAUAAGGUAAUUAUGCAGGACAGUAAACUGGAUGUGGAUGUCGAUAUCGCUUCGGCUACAAUUCCCCUGGAGUUAAAUAAUUGCAACCCUCAAUUUUCGAGGGCAUCACCUUGCAUUAGUGAAGAUUCAGAAUUUAGCGCAAUAGAUCGCGUAUUUGAAGUUGUACCUAAACAGCUUAUCCACAGAUAUACGAUGCUUUGCAAGUCUUUGGCAGCAGAAGGCAAUAUAGAGACAGUUACGAGAACGUUAAUGCAACUAGUUCGUGUUGCAAAUAGUGCGAAAAAGGAUGAAAAAAAAACUCCUGUCACAGGGUCAGAUGGGUUACUCCAGUUAUCUCACACGACUACUGUCGAUCAGAUUCGGAUCUGCAAACUUUUAGAUGACUAUAUUACUGGUAUAUGUGUACAAAGGAGCCCUUCUUUAUCCCCUAAUGUUAGUGGAUCUAAUGAAUCAUCUAUAGCAUCAUUUGAUGCUGAAGAAAUUUAUGAUAGUCAGGCGAUUAAUUUAAGUGCAGACAAUACUAUUUUACGAGAACUUUAUGGAUCAUACGUAAUAGGGAAUAUAGGUUUCACUCAGCAGGAUUUAAAGUCAAAGAGGAGAGCAGCCAAAGUCACUGACUUGAAGCGGAAAAUGGUUGAAAUCAAGCUAGAAGAUGUAAUUGAGACUGGAACUAAUAAUAAUCUGUCUAUGAUUCCUUCUUCUAAUUUGCAAACUAUAUGUGUCAUUGAUUCUGAUAAUGAAGAAAGGUGGUUUGGAAGCGAAGAACAAGAGCAAAACUGGCAAUCAAAACGAACAGUUCCAGAGAGUGAGACACCUACAACCAAUGAUGUUGUUUUAGCCGAGAAUUCUACUUUGGGUCCAGAUCUUUCGAGAAGAAAACUCGAAAGACGGCUGUAUAACAAACUGAAAAAGAAGAUUAAUUCUGUUGAUUCUUUCAGCAAGAGAAACCUUAUCCAGUUCAUUGAAGAUGGAAUUUGCGAUCAUACACCAUUAUGCAAAGGACCAUUUGUAACGGUCAGUAAUAAUAUCAGUAAUACCGGCAAUUACGAAUGUAGCGCUAUCUACCACUUUCAAAACCCAUCUGCAAUCAUAUAUCACCGAGAAAACAAUUUACGCUACCCGUCGGUCGAAGAAUCAAUUCCUUCAUCAAAAACCGCUGACUUGGAAAGUAUUCGUCCUGUUAAUCCAGAGGAAUCUCUGCCAGUUGAGCCUCAUGCCCAAAAACAAGACUGCAAUAUUGUUAUGGUAAGAAACCUGUCCGCAAAUUCAGCUACUGCUAUCAACCCUAAAUCUCAACCAAUCCAGGAUGUUGCGAAAAAGGAGAAGAUCUGUCAAGAAACGACCAACGACUUGGACUCAGCUCCUGAUCUUGAUGAUGAUGAUUUCGCCUUCGCGGACUUUGAUGUUUCAAGUUGCGAAGUGAUCUUGGAUCGUUGCGAGCAUAAUGGAUUUCUAAACGAGUUGUUUGCAGCUGGAUUUCAGACAUUAGGAGCAAGAAUAGUCCAAGAAGCAUCAUGGCGAGUCCAUAGCCAAAGUAAAUGCGUUCAAUUUUAUGAUGGGAAGACCGUACACCCCUAUACUUACCGAUCACUUAUAGAGCGCAUCCCUUCCCUGCAGCGAGAUGCUAGGAUUGGCAGCCUAAUUGAAUCGUGCUCUUGCAUUAAUGAAUCCAAGAUACCCCAGAUCAACAAGAUUAGUAGCAUUCCACCAGAAAAAACUACCGAGACUAUAAACUUUGAUUCCAAUCUAAGGCGUAACCAUAGUGUGGGAGCACUAGAACAAAUUGAAAUGGAAGUGGUAUCUUCACUUUCAAGCUGCAAUACCCCCAGUCGAUACGACUCGGAUUUUGGCAUACGCGACUCCAAAAUGGGUCAUGCAAUCGAGGCAAUGAAUUGUCUUUCACAAUCUGAAACCCCCAGUCCAACAGAUGGUAGCCUCGACUACCUCAAGGGGUGUACAGUUUGGAUUGAUCCUUACCAAUGCUGUAAUACUCCUAAACUAAAUACUGAAUGCACCUCAAUUCUAAAAAUGAUAGGAGCUACGGUAAAAAAUGAUCAAUCUCUAUUGAAAUCCCAAUUUGAUUCAAUUAUAGACGGUAUCUACAUUCUAUCUGGAACUAAGAAAGAGAUCUGGUCAUACCAACAAACAUUCGAGUACCUCAGACUACUACCAUUAAAUCUUUCCCAUUUCUGUGAAUUACUUAGCGAAUACAACUCCAACAAAGCUAGUAUAUCAGAAACACAAUCUUCUUCCAAACUUGACAAAACGUGUGACUUAUUUUCUUCGAUAAACUCUAUCUGGAGUAAGCAUAAAGCCUAUAACGAACGUUGGUUACAAGACGCCCUAAAAAAACAGAAUCAAAUCAUUUCCAACUUUUCUAAUGAGAAAGAACAGGAGCUGAAGAGCACAAGUGGUUUACAGUCUGCUAUUUCUGCUUUAUCAACGGAGGUUAUUAAUAAUCAGAUUGAAAUCUCGUCUUUAAAGGGUCAAUUACUUAAUGGACAAAAGCAACUUGCAGAGAAAGACAAGAAGAUUCAAUUGCUGCUAAAACGUUUACAACUGGAAAUUGAGAGUAACUACAAGAAGGAGAAAUUAUUAUUAAACCUACAAAGAGAUUAA